GUGAGCCUGGAUGAGGAGAGCAGGACCUUCUCCUACAGCUUGUCCCACCCCUGGCAGGGAGGGGAGCCGUCCUUCACCAUAAGCCUGUGGGUGGAUUCCUCUGCUGAGCACUCAGGGGAUGUUUAAUGCAACUGGCUGCCUCAUCUCCUGGAGUGAGCUGCUACGCACUGAGACGACAGCGGCAGAGCAUGGUCUCUUCCUCAGAUCCCGUCACCACGGAAAUCCCCCCCAAAAGCCCUGAUGGUAGUGAAAAGUCACCUCAAUCCAAAGAGCUGCUGCCUAGUAACACAGCCAGCACCCUGUGCAUAAGCUCUCGGAGUGAGUCUGUCUGGACCAGUGCAUCCAGAAGCAAGUGGGACAUAUACCACAAGCCCGUCAUUGUUGUGUCUGUCGGAGCAGCUGUCUUCCUCUUCGGGAUGGUUAUCACCAGUCUGUCUUGCAUCCAAACCAAGAACAAAGAUGUUUACAAAAUGUGUGGCCCAGCCUUCCUGUCCAUGGGACUGAUGCUCCUUGUUUGUGGCCUUGUCUGGAUCCCCAUCAUCCGGAAGAAGCAGAAGCAGAGACAGAAGUCACGGUUUCUGCAGAGCCUCAAGUCUUUCUUCUUUAACUGCUGAGGGCAGUGCAGGGCCUUA